UCAGCAAGAUCCGCAGAAGCAACAGCAGCAAGGGGGGGCGACUCAACCCAAGGAACAACAGCAAGCGGGGCCGAACCAACCGAAGGAACAGAAGCAACAGAAGCAGCAAGGGGGGCCAAAUCAACCGAAGGAACAGAAGCAACAGAAGCAACAGAAGCAGCAAGGGGGACCAAAUCAACCGAAGGAACAAAAGCAACAGAAGCAGCAAGGUGGGCCGAGUCAACCGAAGGAACAGCAGCAAGGUGGGCAAAGCCAGUACCAUCAAGGACAACAGCCUCAAGGAUCGUGGAACCAGCCAGGGCAACAGCCUCACCGUGGAACCAGCCAGGACAACAGCCUCAAGGACCGUGGAACCAGCCAGGACCGCAACAACAUCAAGGUCAACAGUCUCAAGGAGCAUGGAACCAACCGGGACAACAGUCUCAGGGACCGUGGAACCAGCCAGGACAGCAGCAACAACAACAACAAGGGUCGCACACCCUCGGUCGCUUCGACGAAAUCUUCGUCCUCGGGUGAUGGUGUUCUCCCGUCGCUUCCGGAAGAUCUGAGCAACAUGCAAGUGAGCAAGCAAAAGAUACACCGAACGAAUCUGUAUCCGGUGCUGUACCGCAGCGGAGCGCACGGCAAGAGGGGUAAACCGGUGACGGUGGAGGUUAAUUCCUUCAUUAUGCAGAUCGACAAACUCAAGAGAAUUGCAUUCCACUAUAACGUAACGAUUGAGCCGGAUCGUCCGGAAAAAUUCUUCCGUCCAGUGUUUGCACAGUUCUGCCAAGAAACGUACCCGAACGUGUGCUUCGCCUAUGAUGGACAGAAAAGUGCCUACACUGCUCACAAGGUUGACGAUAGCCGAGCGACGGUUACGUUCCAUCCAUCGGACAGGGGUAAAGAAAUGCAGUUUAAGGUGACGGUAAAAUUGGCAGCAACAGUGGAUCUGGGAUCGUUGAGAGACUAUAUGCAGUCGUAUAUCGGAAGCAUGGUUAUACCGAUGGCCGCCAUCCAGUGCCUGAACGUGGUGCUGCGCUGCCCAUACGAGGGUAACGAUCGGGUCGUGCGGUUCGACCGUAGAGUUUACGAGGUGCCGAGAAAUCGCAUCGACCUCGGCAAAGGGUACCAACUCUUCUACAGUCUGUUCCAGACGGUCAACCUCGGCUCCAAACCGUAUGUGAAUGUGGACGUGUUCCACAAGACUUUCCGCAAUAGUGAUCCGCUGGCUGAAACUUUCGUCAGCUUGAUAGGAGGAAACCUGGACACAAACCGUCCGCUUGAUGGUAGGUUGGUGAAGGAACUGCGCGACUACGUAAGCGGUAUGAAAAUUUUGUACUUGAGACCACCGGAUAACAAACGAAUACAAAUGAAAUGCAAAGGGUUGCGUGACGCUGCCAACGCGCAACAAUUCACGCUCGACGAUGGCACCAAAUUGACCGUGGCCGAUUACUUUAGUAGAAAGUUAAACUAUAAGCUGCGCUAUCCAACGCUGCCUGUUGUCCACGUCCAUAGUUUGGGAUCCCACGUUUUCAUCCCCCCCGAGCUGUGCCUGGUUUUGCCAGGCCAGGCCCCAAACAAAACCCCUGAAGAGUGCAGGGCAAAUAUAAAAAGGCUUGCUGCAACCAGCCCGCAGGAGCGGAAGGAAAAGAUUAUGCGCUUGAGCACCAACAUCGCGUACAACAACUCGCCCACACUGAUCGACUUCGGCGUGGGGGUGGGCAAGGAGUUUGAGAAACUGCCGGCCCGCAUCAUCGACCCACCGACGGUCGUGUACGCGGGCAAUGACGAGGUACGCCCCACUCGCGGUGUUUGGCGCGCCGAGGGCAAGAGAUUUACCGAGCCCAGUUCGACAAUUGCCAACAAGACACUCUGCUGGCGCAUCCUGAAUCUCGAUGGUUCUACAAACGAGACCAUGGUGAAGGAGUUCGGGAAACAGAUCUACAAACACGCGCGCAAAUGCAACAUGAAACUCGAACCGUUCUGUAUGCGGACGACCUCCGUGCGUGUGCGAAACGUUUGUGAGGCUGUGCGCGAUUUGUCAAAGCUGCUGUUGAACAUUAAAAAGGAUCAGCCCGCCAUCACGAUCGUGAUCAUACCGUCAUGCGGCGUUGUUUACGCCAAAGUAAAACAAACGGCUGAGCUUGACACCGAACGCAUCGGACUGCUGACGCAGUGCAUUCAAGGAAAAACGGUGAAGUACAAGCGCACCGAUGGCAGCACGAUCAACUAUAUACUGUCGAAGAUGAAUGCUAAAAUGAACGGCUGCAAUUAUCGGUUGGCGCUACACACGCAACCACUGUUGGCCAAAGGAAGAAUCAUGUACAUCGGGGCCGAUGUGUCGCAUCCGUCCGGCGAUGAUAUUUUAAGUAUAGUAGGAGUUACAGCCGUGUACGAUCUGCACUGUUUCCGGUACAAUUGUAGCUUGCGGCUUCAGAAGGCGAACGACGAAAUGGUUCGCGAUCUCGAGAACAUCGUGCACCGCCACGUUCAGUUGUACCAAAAGUACAACGGCAACCUACCGGAACGAAUCAUGUACUACCGGGACGGUGUUUCGAAUGGGCAGUUUGCGGAAAUUCUAAUGAUCGAAUUGCAGGCCAUCCACGCGGCCCUCGCGCGUAUCGGAGCGAACUUCAAACCGCCCGUCACGUUCAUCGUGGUGCAGAAGCGCCAUCGUAAGCGCUUCUUCCCGGUGGGCAACUGUCCGACGGAGGGCAAAAACGGCAACGUUCCACCGGGCACGGUAAUUGAUCGCGAUAUUACUGCGCCGAAUCGGUUCGAGUUUUAUCUCGUGAGCCACGCGACCGUCAAGGGUGUGGUCAAACCGACCAAGUACGUGGUGCUGUACGACGAAUCGGAGUGCAAUUCGGAUCAGCUGCAAGCGAUGACGAACAAUCUCUGCUACAUGUUCGCGCGCUGCAAUCGAGCCGUCUCCUAUCCGACACCGACGUACUACGCCCACCACGCCGCCUACCGCGGUCGUAUUUACCUGAAAAAUCGUGGCAUCAACAUGAAUGACUUGGAAGCCGCCUGCAGGGAAAUUCAAAUUUCCGCAGACGUACACGAAAAGUAUCCCAUGUUCUUUAUCUAA